AUGGAUUCAAAAAUUCAAAAUGAUUCUUCCGAUACUUUUGUCAAAAUUAAUUCUAUAUGGAGCGAAGCCAAAAAAUUUUUUGAAAAUGUCCCCAUUAAGGAAAAAAUAGUUUCAAAUUUGGAAACAGAGACUAAUGAUAUUAGAGAAAAUAAUAACAAUUUUGAUAAUAAUGCAGUAAAUGAUGAAAAUCAAAUAUUACUCGAUAAAAAAAAUAAUUGUAGUAUGUUUAAUAAUAUAACUACGCCAAUGUUACCAGCUCCAGAAAAAAAAAUUCAAAAUAAUAAAAUUAUUAGUUUUGAUGAUAUUGAAAAUCAUGGAGAUUUAAGAUCAAGUUGUCUACAUGAUCCGAAAAGUUUUAAAAUUGUCAACAGAAGACUCAGAUGUGGAGAAUGUAGAUCUUUGGUCUGUCCAGAGUGUUUUAAAAUCAUGUUUUCAACUAUUUACAAUCAUUUUAUGGGUUUCGAUACAAGCAAUUGUACUUUUUAUUUUUGCAAGAUUUGUUGUUUUCCAUUUCAAUCUGUUUGUGCUCUAGAGGCUCAUACCAGAAUUCAUACCAUGGAAAAUCCUUUCGUUUGUCCAGAUUGUGGUGUAAUUUAUAGUAAUGCAUACUUUCUUACUUUGCACUUGACCAAUAAGUGCUUUCAUGUGUACAAAACAGUAAACUACAAGUGCCAAAGUUGUCCUGGUAUAAAAUUCACUACUAGCAAAUUUUUAGAACAUAUUCAAGAAGUUCAUUUGCAUAGCAUGUUUAGAUGUUCACACUGCAGUUUAUUGUUUUCCAAUUCUGAAGAAUUUAAUAAUCAUAUGAGUAAAAAUCAUCAAAAAUGUACUUUGUGUUCCAACACGGUGAUACCUAGCUUCAUGUAUGAAAAACACAUUCAUCAGCAUCGUGAAAAUCCCGAUUCCUACGAAAUUGAGUACAAAUGUUUAUGCGGAAAUUCAUUUAAUGUUGUCGGAGCUUUUCGUUCUCACAUACAAUUUUGCAAUAAAAAGGGUAUGCUACCCCCAGAAUGGGGAAAUUUGCAAAAGAGUUUAAAAACUCAAGACAUCAUUCAAUUAGAAAUCAAUAAGCAAAAAGACAAUACACCCAAUGCGGAAAGAUCUCAAACAAAUGAACCAUUUACAACAGUUGAAGAAUUUGAUGAUAUAAACCAAAAGUGUUCAACAGAAAAAUUUGAUGAUUGUAAAAUCAUAAAUUGUGAAAAAGAUAAUUCUUUUCUAUCAUCUGAAAAUAAUAAAUUAAUUCCUAUAAAUACAAAUUUUAAUAAGAAAUCGGAUGAAAAUUUCGAUAAAAGAGAACUUGAAUGUAGUAAUAAAAUAACCGAUAGUCUUUCAACUGAAACUUGUCCAAAAAAUUUUGAAUCUCAGGCUAUACAAUUAGGUAUAGAUGAAAUUAAAUCGAAUGAACAAGUUAAAUCCCAACAAAGUAAAAGCCUUAUUAAAAUUUCUAAUAUUCAUUCUGAUGAAUUUAAUUCAAACGAAGAUAAUUGUACCAUCGUAGAACCGGAAAAUUCAGAACAUGGUGCUGAAGAUAAAAAAGAAUCGUCAUCAGAUUCAUCAAAAAUUUGUUAUGAUUAUAUUCCUUGUGAUCAUUUGGGUUACGUAAAAAGUCAGGGUCCGAAACCGUUGGAAAAUACUUCCGGGAAUUACGAGGAAAAAAAUGAAGAAUCGUCCAGUAAUUACAAUGUCGUUUUGCAAUUGGACGAAAAGACUGGUUUAAUGGUUUCCAAAAAAAUUUUAAUAGAAAAUGAAGAAGAAGAAAACAUCAACGACAAUUAUAAUUGUGAACAAGAACAAGAAAUGGAAAAUUUACAACCGGAUGAUUUAACAAUGAAAUAUCAUUCGAAUGAAAAAACGAAAAUAAAAUUGGGAAAUUCAUUUUUCACUUGUCCAUUUUGUAUUGUUUUAUUUCCGAAAAACAGUUCGACAUUACAUCAAUUUAAACUUCAUCUGGAAUAUUAUCAUCCAGAUGCAGCUCUCAAUAUAACGAUAUCGAACAAGAAUUCAAAAAAUUCAGAUGAUUCGAAGCAGAACCCCGUACAAUCCUACGAAGAAAAUAAAAUUCUUCCAAAAAAUCAUUUCAAAAAUAAAUUUGGACACGGCAUACGGAAAAAAACGAUUCAGAAAAAGAAAAAAUGCAUAGAAUUGAAAUCGAAUUCGCCGAAUAACGAAUACAUUCUUGAAAAUAACGAAGACGCGUUGAAUGAAACUCAAAAAAAAGCCUUGAAUACAAACGAAAAUAAUAAUUAUUUCAACGAGGACGAAAAGGAAAAUUUUACGGGAGAAGGAAAAAAAAUAGAAAAUAAAUCGAAUUCGAUGGACGUUUAUUGGACGGUUAAUUUAUCUGUUAAAAGUAGUGAAAAAAUUGAAGAAAAUGAAGGGCAAUCGGAAACGGAUAUUAAAAAUAUCACCGCCACCUCAUACGACGAAGAAAACAAGAUGGCGGAUUCCGAACAAAGCAACGAUAUUAAAAUGGAAAAUUCGGAACUUUUGCAAGAUUCCGGUUUGAGAAGUAUUCAAAGAUUACCAAAAGGAAAUAAUAACAAUUUUAAAAAAAUUAAAAUUAACAAUCAGUUAUUUAUAACGCCAAACAAAAAAAAUGACAUUUUGGAAAAGGAAGGGAAUAUCGUGUUGGAUACCUCAUCCAUGAACUUGCAACAAAAUUUGUUUUUCGAUAAUCGUAAUCAAAAUUACGUAAUAAAUCCUUCGAAAAAAAUCAAUGCAUUUAAUUCGUCCGAAAUGAUUAGUAAAAAAAUAGGAAAUGUUUCCGUAGACAUGAAAGAAGACUGGGACAAUUCAAAAGAUUCAAGUUGGAGUAACGUAUCCGAUUCUGAAGGGAUGUCGAAUAAAAACUCAAAUUUAGGGGAAGGUUUCACGUUUAAACCCAAAGGAACGGACAAAUUGAAAAGGGAAAGCGAAGUUUGGUCUGAAUUUUACGAAUCUUUACAAAUGGCGGAAAAAUUAAAAAAGACGAAAAAGAAAAAGUCCAUUUUAUACCUCGAACCCAAAGCUAAAUCGUCAAGUUUGAAAAAUUAUUCGUCGAAACGAGUCGUUAAAAAACCUAAAAGGUAUAGGGAAAGUUCAGAAUCGGAGUAUAGUUUGGAUGAAAAUGAUAAUUCGGAUAGUGAUUCGGAUUUUACUCCGGCUGUAACAGGAAACGGUUCGCCAAGACUCGAAAAUGCGACGGAAACGUGUGAUAAAAAUAACGACGUGAAAAAACAAAAACUUUUAAAUAAAUUGGAAAACGUGGAUCAUAAAUUUGUAGAUUAUUUAUUCGAUUUGAUUGCGAGGAAGGAAAAAUGUCUGGAACUGUACAAGAAACACUCGACGUUAAAAAAUAACAGGUACAGUCAGGAUUUGAAAACGUAUAGGAAAAAAGUUCUCAACGGUAUCAAACUUCGUGGAAGAUCUCUCAAGAUACUAAGACAUCACGACGUGCCUAAUAAAACAGACGAAGAAUCUCAGGGGGAAAAAAUUGAAUUUUCAAAAGAUUUUCCACUUCAGCGAACGUAUAAAAAAAAUCCGGAUAACGGAUCGGACAACGUGAAAACGGGCGAAAAAAAAAGGGGAAGACCGCGUAAAAUCGUCGAACCUGGAAAAUUAAAAGAGCGGAGGAGAUCGGAUAAAGAAGUUGAUUUCAUCGAGAAAAAUUUCGAAAGAGAAGAAAACGUUUGUUCUCCGACGAAACGAAAAAGAAAAUUGUCAUCGAAAUUACAAUAUUAUAAAAAGAUAAGUAGUCAACACGACGACAAGGAUGAUUUUUCAUCCGGACAAUUAAUAACGAACAAAUUACCGGACGUGAAUAAGAAAUUUAGUUGCGCCAUGUGCAAAGAAGUUUUCCAAGAGCAAAACGAUUUUCGGGAACACAUAGUUCAACACAGGUUAGAAGAAAACACGUAUCAGUGCAUGGAAUGCGGUGAAUGUUUCGUAGUUCGGCCAUCUUUGGAAAAACACUUGCACGCUUUUCACAAGAUUAAAAACACGGAGAGAUACAUAAUUGAAAACGAAUGUUGUAAUUUGAAAAAAGAAUCGAAUCCCGAAUCCGAAAGUGAGCCAUUGAAAGAAAAUCAAUGUAAAGUUUGUAAGGAUCAAUUCGAAAGAGCCAUAGAUCUCACGAAACAUUUUCGAAUACACGGAAUGGCGUUCCUUAAAGAAUUUAAAAAAGAUGGAAAAGUCAAAUAA